UUCUCGAGUUGCCUUUCCGCUGCUCGGUGCCCCGCAUUCGGCGAAGCGGCCCUUCUGCCAUCUUUUUAAAAAGCCGCUGCGUUUUCGGUUGGACUGGCACGUGCACGCGCGCCGAAGAGGCGCACAUAAGGCGCUGCGAUGAAUAACGAGCGACCCGCCUGGUGCUAAAACGAAACGCGCCCAGCCGCGCGUGUGUGUUUGUGUGUCUGACUCUGUGUGUGCGUGUGUGUGUGUGUGUGUGUACGAGUGGUGAGCCAGCGAACUUCACGCACGCAGUCGCUCGCUCGCUCGUCUUUCCUUUCCCCGCCCGACAUCGGCCGCCGUCACCGCCACCACAUGCGUGUCUCACGCGCAGCUUAGAUGGUAGGAAGCGCGACGCUAGCGGGAAGCGCGCUCAAAGUUUUCUGGCCGGCCAGCUUCUGCCCAUUUAAACGCGUUCCUUGGUGCAGGGCGGCCGCUUAAGGUAUUUUGCUGCGAGCCAGCAAUAAUCAACACCACCCCACACACACACACACACACACUCCCUUCUCCUUCCCCUCCUCCCUCCCCACGGAGGCGCAGGGCUCAGUUCCCGGGAGCGCAGAAGGACGCAUUCGCUCGAGGUGGGGCGCUUCGAGCUGACGCGCCUAACUGUCCGAGUGCCAUCUUAAAAGCGCCUCCGAUAUCCUAUUAUCGAGACGCGCCUUUAUCUCCGCCGGUCCACCUUAAAUGCAGAAUGUGGGCAACGCAGGCGUACAGCGAGGCUUCCGCUUCAUUCCCAGCCGGGCUCGGACCGGAGCGGACGAGCAGUGUCGCCGCUCAGCCUUCGCACUCGCGAACCGGACUCGACACCGCCGCAAUGAGCGAACCAAAGUACAGAGAGUGGAUCCUGGAGACGAUUGACUCGCUGCGCUCGAGGAAAGCCCGGCCGGACUUGGAGCGGAUCUGUAGGAUGGUGCGGAGAAGGCACGGGUCUGAUCCGGAUCGGACCCGGGUGGAACUGGAAAAGCUCAUUCAAGACCAGACCGUCCUGAAGGUGAGCUACAAGGGCUCCAUCUCGUAUCGCAACGCCGCCAAAGUGCAGAGGAAAUGCAGGAAAAAGCCCGACGUGAGCGCAGGCGGUGGCAGCGCGACUCCCGCUAGCACAGCCACUGCUACUGCUGCUGCGAGUACAAGUGUCGCCGCCACCGCCGUCGCUGAUGGCAAAGAAGCGGCGAAACACGCGGAGCCCAAGAACAACGCCGCGGGCGAGAACAGCAGCAGCAGCUGUCCCGAGCAGAGACACUGCCACAGCCCGGGGGCUCCCCGUUUCGAGGAUGUCGGGGACACGCUGCCCAACAGCGGAAACGGCUGCCUGGGUUGCGGCGGCAGCGGCGGGGACGACUGCGCGAGCUGCAAGAAAGCAAGUGCACUCAAGGAGAAGAAAGUGUCGCCACCGGACAACGGAGAGGACGAAGAAGGCGACGACGACGACGACGACAACAACAAUAACAGCGGCGGCGGGGGCAAGACGAGGGCGAGCCGGGGGGCCGAGCAGGACGGCUCCCCUCAGAAGCUACGGCAGCGACCCGCCAAGUGCGCCAGGCUUCCUGCGAAGAGUUGCCGCAGCAGCGCGGACGAAGCACACCCGGAUCUGGGGGACCGGCUGGUGGCGUCAGUGCGGAGCCUGGCCGAGAAGCGGGGCGCUGCCACCGUGAGCACUGCCCGGGGUCACCCGCCGCCGCAACUGGGGCUCAAAGAGAUCUUGGGCUUCCUGAGCUCCCAGGAGCGGCUCUCCCAAGAGAAGCUCACCCGCAGCAAGGUGAAGGUGGUACUGGAGAGAGAGGUGGCGAAGGGGCGCCUGCGGAGGACACGCUUUGGCAACAUCACGCUGCCGGUACGGGGAGAGGCGAGGAGCGCCAGGCACGCCAAGACGACGACGACAGCGACGUCGCCACCGCAUCAGGAGCGAGGCAACAAGAGGAGGGAGGAGAAGGAUGAAGAUGAAGCGAUGGAGACGGAGUCCAGUGAGGAGGAGGAGGAGGAGGAGGAAGCGGACAUGUCAGAGCAGGAAGAGGCUGAUGGGAAGUCUUCCUUUGUGGACGAGUGCGAGGAGGUGAAGGACGCCGAGGUGGCAGAGAGUCGGGAGGACGGCGCCGCUGAGCAGCUCCCCCUGCUGGAGGUGGCCCCUAAAAGCCCUGCGUCCUCUGCUUCCUCGCUUGCCCACCCUGAAAUCAAGCAGACAUACCCUGGGGUGCAGGAGCCGGAGCCGGACCCCUGUGACGUGCCGAUGCACGUGGAGGAGGAGGAGGAGGAGGAGAAACAGUGUGCGGUCGCCAAGGUUCCCCCCCUGAGCCACAACUCGGUGGCAUGCAGCAGUGACAAGGACCUGACGGGACCCCCCGGACAGCACCCUCCGGAAACGCAUGCCAUGGAUGAGAGUUCCCCGGAGGAGCCUGAGAGCAGAGAGGCAGCAGAGUGCAGCCCGGAGAAGGUGGAGGAAAAAGACGACGAGCUCCAGCCCACCCAGAAUGAAGACAGGAGACCCCGAGUGGAGUGCUACCCCCUGACGGAGCCGCUGCGCCUGAACUGCGUCGAGGACGAGCCACCGGACAGCAGAGGCAGCAGACGGCCGGUCCCAGUGGAGAACUGCCGGUGUCCAGUGGAGGUCAAUGUGGCCUCCUGCUUGCUGACCCCCACUGCCUCCCCUGGCGAGAUGGCCAUGGCCGACGAGAGGACGCUGAAUGGAGAAAUCUUUGUGAAGCGCGAGAAGGCCAGCGCCGAUCCGAUCGACUGGAGCGUGUCCGACGUGGUCAGCUACUUCACUGCGGCAGGCUUCGGGGAGCAGGCCGGAGCCUUUCGAAAUCAGGAGAUCGAUGGCAAGUCCCUCUUGUUGAUGCAGCGGAACGACGUGUUGACCGGCUUGUCCAUCCGGCUUGGCCCCGCCCUCAAGAUAUACGAGUACCACGUCAAAGUUCUUCAGAGAAGCCAUUUUCAGGAAGACGGGACCCUGUGCUGAUGGUGCACGUGGCAUGCGGUGUGGCGGGCGAGACAGGUUUUGUUCUUUGUGUUUUGUUUCGUUCCCUCAGUCGAUGCACGGCAGUCCAGGUCUUGCUUUGGGGCCACUGAUAGCACAAGCUUGUCCCUGCAGGUCCAGCUCUGGGGGUCCAGCUGCUUUUCGGGAGGUCUCGUCUCUUCUUCUUUUGUUUUUUUUUUUUUUCUGUUUCCAGAAAGCGUCCUUUGCUUUUGACCCCCAGGCUUCAGGGCUGAGACUUUACAGACUUGCAAUAUGAAUUUCACAAUUGCCUCCUUUUGGAUCUGAACUCGAGUCACGCACUGCUGGUCCUGUUGGUUUGCAGUUCAGUGAGAAGUUGGGUCAAAACAUGGAAAUGUUAUUUAUGUAAAUAUGUUGUUAUAUUUCUUUAUUUUGUCUUUGGAGUCGAGCGAUUCCCAAAAAAAAGCAACCGUCAAAAUGGAGAUGUGCAAUUUCACCAAGCGGAGUGUUCCUUGGUCAGGCAGCAUUUUAUUGUUAGUGACAGCUGUCACCGAGUCAAGUCUGUGGCUUCUUUUAAAGUUUUCCAGAGGGGUCCACCACGGUGGGGUCCGCGGUGUGCCCGCAGCCACGUCUUCCUGAUCCGCAGUAGCGCCCCCUGGUCUUCUUUGUUUCGGAUUGCCACUUGACAUUUGGGUGGCGUUAAGUGGCGCUGGGGGGUCCGCCUGAUGACCGUAGCGCAGGCUCACGCCACACACCCAGGACAUUUGUCUUUGGCCGUCUUAUUGUUGAGAGCUCUGCUCUUCUUCUCUGCCUUCUUCAUUGCCAGGUCAUACGUCGUCUUUCAUUUCACCCCAUCGGAGUGCCUCGCUCCGCGGCCUGGCCCGGCCAAUUGCACUCGGUCAGCGCUGUACGCAGUGACUGGUCAACCUCGCGCCCCCCAUCUUCUGCCGCACUCGCUUUCCUCUUCACGUGUGACCCAAUGAGUCCGAAUUUGACGCGCCAUCGUGCUGCUGUGGCCCCGCCAGUCACGGACCCGUCUCUUCCAGAGCUGCUGAUGGCUUCCCGCCUCGACUGUCUCUUCCGCUAAUUUGGAUUUCCUUACAGACUGCAGAGUGUGUGGUGCGUGACGUGACGGUGGUCUUGGGUCGCAGCAGGUGGGAGAUCAGGUCUCUACUGCACAACUUUGGAACAAAAAGGGUGUUUGGAUUUACUGUUGACAACUGUUUUCCUGAUUUUUUUUUUUUUUGUAAAAAACAAAAGAAAAAAGCUUUUUAAUAAACAAUGAAUACGAGUGCGUUUGUCCCGAGUGAUUAUUUUGAAUCUAAAGAAACGCCAUGACAGGGCAGGCAGGGCUGUUACCCUGCAGCAAGUUGGGUUCCAGACUGGAUGGCCUUUUGUGGUCCUAUCUUUGACCACUGGUUGGCCCAGUAUGAGUGAGUGGGACCCUGGGGUAGGCUGGCAUCCGCUCCAAGGUUA